AUGGCGCAGGACACCUACUGGGGCUCCUUUGAGGAGAUCUCCAAGUACAAUGUGCAGCUCAACUACCUCGAGAAGAUGUGGAUGGCCUGGUACGCAUGGAUGGGCAACGAUGUCCUGGCGACAGGAAUCAUGUCUUUUGUCUUCCACGAGCUCUUUUACUUCGGACGCGCGCUUCCCUGGAUCAUCAUCGACUGCAUACCUUUCUUCAACCGAUACAAGCUCCAACACCAAAAAAUCCCCACUACCUGGGAACAAACACAAUGCGCCGCACUCGUCCUCCUGUCCCACUUCACCGUCGAGCUUCCCCAGAUCUGGAUGUUCCACCCCAUGUGCCAAUACUUCGGCCUCCAGACCUCCGUUCCUUUCCCCAGCAUCUACAAGAUGGCGUACCAGAUUGCCAUCUUCUUCGUCUUCGAGGACGCAUGGCACUACUGGAUGCACCGCGCCAUGCACGCCAGCUCGUUCCUCUACAAGAACAUCCACAAGAUCCAUCAUCAAUACUCUGCUCCCUUCGGUCUGGCCGCUGAGUACGCCUCGCCCAUUGAAGUCAUGAUUCUGGGCUUCGGUACUGUCGGAGUCCCAAUCGUAUUCUGCGCCAUCACCAAGGACCUUCACAUCUUGACCAUGUACGCUUGGAUCUGCCUCCGUGUGUUCCAGGCCAUCGACGCGCACAGCGGCUACGAGUUCCCAUGGAGUCUGCACCACUUCCUGCCUUUCUGGGCCGGCGCUGAGCACCACGAUGUUCACCACGAGAAGUUCAUUGGCAACUACGCUAGCAGCUUCAGGUGGUGGGACUUGCUCUUCGACACCGAGGCCGGUGCUGAGGCCUCCAAGAAGCGCCGUGAGCGCAAGAUGGCCGCUGCCAAGCUCAAGAAGGCCAACUGA